CUCCGGCGCCCGAGCUCUGCCCCGCGCCCGACGGUGGCGAUGGCGGGGACGGGGCCGCGCCGGAUGGCCCCGGCCCGGCUUCCCGGGCCCUUGGGAUAGGAAUGGAUUCUUGUGUGAUUCCCUUGAGACAUGGAGGUCUCUCACUUGUGCAAACCACAGACUUCUUUUACCCUUUGGUUGAAGACCCUUACAUGAUGGGACGAAUUGCCUGUGCCAACGUGCUCAGUGACCUCUAUGCCAUGGGCAUUACUGACUGUGAUAACAUGCUGAUGCUCCUCAGCAUCAGCCAAAAGAUGAACGAGGAGGAACGAGAAAAGAUCAUGCCCCUGAUGGUCAAAGGUUUUCGAGAUGCUGCUGAAGAAGGAGGAACCUCAGUGACAGGGGGACAUACUGUGAUAAACCCUUGGAUUAUUAUUGGAGGUGUUGCUACUGUGGUCUGUCAGCCUAAUGAGUUCAUCAUGCCAGACAGUGCAGUUCCUGGGGACGUGCUUGUGUUGACCAAACCAUUAGGAACCCAGGUUGCUGUCAAUGCCCACCAGUGGCUGGAUAAUCCAGAAAGAUGGAAUAAAAUAAAGCUGGUGGUGUCCAAAGAAGACGUCGAAUUAGCCUAUCAAGAAGCAAUGUUUAGCAUGGCUAUGCUGAACAGAACUGCUGCAGGAUUAAUGCACACAUUUAACGCCCAUGCAGCCACUGAUAUUACUGGCUUUGGAAUCCUGGGACACGCCCAGAACCUUGCAAAACAACAGAGGAGUGAAGUGUCCUUUGUCAUUCAUAAUCUGCCCAUUAUUGCCAAGAUGGCAGCUGUCAGUAAGGCCAGUGGGCGUUUUGGGCUUCUCCAAGGAACAUCAGCAGAAACCUCAGGGGGGCUGCUAAUCUGUCUGCCUCGAGAACAAGCAGCCCGCUUCUGUGCUGAAAUCAAGUCUCCAAAAUAUGGAGAGGGUCAUCAAGCAUGGAUUAUCGGCAUUGUGGAAAAAGGCAACCAUACUGCCAGGAUCAUUGACAAGCCACGCAUUAUUGAAGUGAUGCCCCGGGGACAUACUCUUCAUCAUGACAACUCCAAUACCAGCCCAGAGCCUGCUUCAUAAAAUGGCCCUGUUGUUUGAACCUCGGGGACCUUUGGAAACAAUCAUGAAUGACUUAACUACUUAAUUACUUGUUUUGGGGAAGGGGAAAUUUCCAAAGAAACCUGAUCAAACAGUAAAAUUACUGCUAGAUUGAGCUACUUAUUCUAAUGAGACAAUUAAGGAAAAUAGCUGCUUUUACAUGAGUUUCAAAUGAAUUCAUCAUAUUUCACAUUUUCUACUUUAUGGCUAAGUCUAGCCCAUAUUUCCCCUUUCUAGAAGCAAGAUGAGGCUGACUGUUGAAGGAUUUUUCUCACAACUGGGUUCCUGGAGAGCUUAUUUGGUUUAACAGAUUUACAUAUAAGAAAUGAGGUUAUUUACUGAAGACAAGGGACACUUUGACAACCACUUAGAUCAUCAGGGAAUAAUGCUGAAACAAGAACUCUGCUAAACCUGUAGUGGGAGACAUGGGGUGCUCAGGAAUUAUUUAUGGGAUUUUUUUCACCCGUAAAGCUUCUUCCUUGUUCUGGCCAAGAAUUGAGCAACUUGUCCAGAAGUGGGGAAUUAGGGCCCUGCACCAGCACAAGCCUUGGCUCUGUUUAUGAUGCUUCUCCCAUUAAAUUCCUUUGAGGGCUGGAAGAAGCUGAGCAGAUUCCCAGAGCCCAAGCCUUGGCAUUGCUAAAUUCUUAUCAAUUCCUGGUGUCAAUAAAAAAGGCUCAUUUCUCAGGA